ACUCCCUCGAGAACUCAUCCGGUCAGGUUCAAGAUGCGCCCCGACAGACUCGUGGUGGCGCUGCUGGCGGUGACCUGGGCAACAGGCGCCCACGCCAUGUUCGCCGCUACCGCCGCUGCCCUCGCGUUGAGUGGACUCGCAGCUCUUAAGGGCGCCGCUCUGGUCGGAAUCGCCGCCAGCCUCGGCCAAGGGCGAUUCUUCGAGCGCUCGUACGCAGACGGUAAUGCUUACGGCAGCGCCAUGUACGGCCUCAGCGACGACAGCUCGUUCAGGAGAUACUCGUCUUACCCGACUAACAGAUACGGUGCGUCCAGGCAAUACAGUUACCCGUACGCUGCCCGGCGCCGCCUUGGCCGCUCCGUGGAAGCAGCUACUAUUGGCGAAGGCGAAAGGCUGUUGCUGUUUGCUGCAGGGCAUUUGGAUACUAACGGCUGCAUUUUCAAACUGUUGUGCCACUUGCAGGCGAAGGAGGAGUCGCGACGCACUCCUGACGAACACCUUCUUGUCUCUAUCUUCAACUCCGAGUUGCUCUCUUCCUUCGGCGCCGCCUUCGCCCGCGCCCUCGACGUUGGAAGGAAGGCUCAAGAUUCCUCCGAAUGCACGAGGACUUUUCCCAAUUGUCCUCUCGCGGAGGCGGAUCUGGCCGACCUCCUGCAGCAGGCGUGGGGAUGUGGGCCCACGCCACAGGCCGUCACGUCAUAUGUCUGAUGCCUUAUGACCUGUCUUUCGUUGUCAUUGUCAUUUAUCUUUAUGGGAUUAUUCUUAUUCGCAUAUGGUUUGUUACAUACUUGGUUGUAUUACUUGUUUAAACGUGAUUUUUGUUACGGAGGGUCUCUUGUUGAUCUGUUUAAGAUCAUUUUGACAUACGAGACCAACUGAUGUUUCGUCUUAGCUGGGCACUUUGUCUGUAUCAUCAUUCGGUAUCGAACAAUGCUGUGUAUACUCAUUCUUGUCUCUGUUGCAAUUUGAAUCAAAAAACAUUUUUUUUAGGUGAUAAUACAUUCCUUUGUAAUAAAUAAUUGUUUCCUUUAUAAACCUCCUGUUAGACAUUCACACUCGUACUUACGCGUGUGUGUGUUGGCGGGGAAAAGUACAACAAAGGUGCACUACAUAUCCACUGCGGGAAAUGUGCGCCAUGCGUGCAGAUAAUGUAAUGGUGUUUGGUAUUUACUAUAUACGGAGCGUAACAAUAAACUGUUGUAACAA